AUGUCAACUUCAAAUGAAGCUACCAAUGUUGCCAUUGUCAGUAGAACUGAAACCUGCACUCGCUGCAGAAAGCUUAAGCCUAUUGCUGAAUUCACAAGAAUGAGUGGAAGUAGAAUGGUAGUCAAUGCCUCAUGUAAUGCCUGUUCUGAUCAAGAUAAGAGAUAUCGAGCAAAUAAAAAAGCCAAAUCAAUUAGUGAUAAAAGUACUCAACCACUUAUCUUAAAUGAUGAUAUUCAACUAUCACCCUUAGACGAAAAUAUUCAAUUGCUACCCUUAAAUGAAGAUGAUUCUGUAGAUUUAGAUAGUGUCGAAAAUAGCAGUGAUGACCUUCUUUAUAAUAUCCAUGAUAUUGAAGAGCUUAUCAAUAUUAAAUUUGAAGAUAGUGAAGAAAAGGAUGAACCGGUUAAAUUCUCUGUAAUAGUAAAACUUGAAAGAGAAUUAGUUCAUGAAAAAAUAAUGUUUUCAGAGGUUGAUCAACAUGAGGAUGCAGAAUUUCAUGAA